UUGCAGGUGUGCUUCGAAUGUGGUGCAAGCAAUCCUCAGUGGGCAAGUGUAACAUACGGAAUAUGGCUGUGCUUGGAUUGUUCCGGUCUGCAUCGUGGCUUGGGUGUGCAUGGUUGGAAUAUGCUUAGCAAGGGUGCAACAACAGCAGCAUCCUAUGCCAAAGAUAUUGGUUCUCAGGCAACAGCUAAAGCUACUGAACUUGGUGGAACUGUUAGUGAAAAGAUGCGCGAUGGUACUUUGCUUAACAAGCCAGCUUUGGGAAGUUUGGCACAAAAAGCUACAGAAAUUGGUUCUCGAUCAUGGACCGGCAUAUCGAAUUUUGUUAAAAGUCCAUCUCUGCAAGGCUUUAAUCUUCCAGGAAUCAAAAGGUGAUU